GACUCCAAAUGUGCACCUAAUUCAUUAUUUUAAAUCAUCAUAUCUACUUCUCACCUGCAUCUCUCUUAAAUCCAAUUCUCUGUUUCUAAUUUGAUUCAAGAAACAGUCUUUCCAAACUUCAAGCUAUACCCAUGAACAUGAAGCCGUUCCAUCGACGGAACGACGUCGGCGGCGCCGGCGAGAACCUCGACGUGUUCGAUCUGUCGUCUUCAAGUCUCAUGAGACGUGGCUGGAUAUCAGGGGGUCCGAGGAUGAGCUUAGAUAUGCCCAACAUGAGAAACUCGAUCCUCCUCAGAGAAAACAAACAGUCAUUAAUGGCUUCUUCUGUUAUUAAUAAUAAUAAUAAUAAUAAUAAGGAGAAGAAACAUAAACAGCCAAGUUCACCAGGUGGGAGAUUGGCAAGUUUCUUGAAUUCUCUCUUCAGCCAAUCAUCUUCUUCAAAGAAGAAGAAAUCGAUGAAAUCGGCAGCCACCCAGCAAUCGAAUAAAGAUGAUGAUGAAAGUCCAGGAGGAGGAAGAAGGAAGAGAAGGAGUAGCAUAAGCCAUUUUAGAGGAUCGGCUACUACUCCAAUAAAGACGAUGUCUUUACCCAGUAAGAUCGUUAAGCCUUCUUCAUCAUCUGUGAAAAGUGAGGUAAUGGCUACAGACUAUAGUUGGUUGGAUGAUAAGUUUCAGUGGGAUAGAAAACAGAGGGUUUAUGCAAAUGGGUAUUUCGAGAAAGAUCAUAAGAAGAAUAUUAUAAAUCAAUGUAAGGAAGAAGAUGAGAAAGAAUUUAGGAGAUUUCAUGAUCAUGAUGAUGGAGGAGGAGAGAGUGAUUCGAGUUCUGAUUUGUUUGAAUUGAAGAAUUAUGAUCUGGGUUAUGAUGAUUCUUGCGGUUUACCUGUUUAUGAGACUACCCAUAUGAAUAACAUCAAGAGACCACCUAUGGUAGGAUCUAGUACAUGAAGAAGAUCGAUAUUAAUGGAUUCAGUUGAAGUUUUUUUUUUCUUUUUCUUUUUCUGUGUGUGCUGUACAGUUUGGAAUGCUGUUUGUUUGUCUGUCUCUGAUCCUCACCUAAAUCCUUUCUAAUUUGGUUGCCAUUUCUGCAGCCUAUUUUUGUCAAUCUCAACUCUAAUAUGCAUGUUAAAAAUUUACAUU